AUGACAUCUACAAUAAGUGCCCAAGCCACUGCCUUAGUGUCGGGGUCUUUCCUCUCCGGAGCCAUGAUGUCACUAUCAUUCAUCGCUGUGCCGGUCUUCCUCGAUACCACAUCACAAUCGCCCCAGCUCUUCCAACAAUGGGCACGAAUGUAUAGCUAUGGACAUCAAGCAUUACCCACCUUGGCCGUCGGUACAUGCCUCCUCCAUCUAUACACCGCCGCCAAGAGGCGCGGCGCUAAGAAGAGUUGGGGAAUUUUUGCUGUGGCUGGUGUGACGACACUUAUCAUGUUGCCGUUCACAUGGCUCGUGAUGGCGCCGACUAACAAUGAACUUUUUGGGCUUGAAAUCUUGAGCAAAAGUGAGCCAGAGAUCGCGAGCAUUGCUGGGGCUAAGGAGUUGGUAGCAAGGUGGGCUAAGUUACAUCUCACUAGGUCAAUUUUCCCCUUUGCGGGGGCUAUUUUUGGAGCAAUCGGGAUAUUUUCUUAG